AUGCUGGAAGAGAAGAUAUCACACAACCUGAAGGCCCACAGAAGAAUGCAGAAGGAGAGAAGAAUGACACUCAAAGUGAACCACAACCCAAUUCUUCCGAUGGAUCCAAUACAAAUGGUUCUGACGCUCAAGAAAACAGUGCUGCGACGGUUCAGGAACAGAACACUGUUACACAGGAAUCUCAACAACAAAACAACACAACUGAGACAACUAACGAAGCGAGUACGAACUCUGAAAUUCCCAAUACACCACGUAAUGAUGAGGAAUCAACCACAACCACCACCACAACAACAACACUUCCUCCUGUGA